CGCAUGGGAGCCUGCUCGUCCAAGUCUGCGCACCCCGCCGACGACUCUACUGCUGCUGCGCCCGGACCGCACGCCCACACCAAGCGCUCGCCCGCUCCUCAAGCCCACUUCGCCCUCUCGUCCUCGGCAAUGUCCAACGCAGACCACUUUGUCGAGCGCCGCGGCAGCGAGCUCUUCCUGAACGGCGCCAAGUUCCGGUUCGCCUCGCUCAACGCUCCCGAGCUCCUCGACGGCGACUGCAACGGCGAGUUCGAGGUCCGCGACACGUUUGCUGCGCUUGCGGCAGAAGGCGCGUUCGGCACGGCCGUCACGAGGACCUACACGCUGCGAAUCAAGAGCAAGAACAUCGGCCGAGGGCACAUCAACGGCUGGAGCAACGAGUGGAACGACUGGAUGUGGGACGGCGGCCGCCUGCAGGAGAUGGACCUCGUCCUCGCCGAGGCGGCCAAGGCGGGCGUCAAGCUCAUCAUCCCCAUCAUCAACCAGGACACGGGCGAGGACUCGAACUGGGUCGGCUCGACGGCCGACCUGACUCGGUACCGCUACGGGCUCGGCUCGAACGACGAGGCGCGCCGAGUCGACUGGUGGACCGACCACACCAUGAUCGAGAGCUUCAAGCUCAUCAUCGACUUCCUCACGAACCGGGUCAACUCGAUCAACGGCCGCCGGUACGGCGACGACCCGACCAUCCUCGCGUGGGAGACGGGCAACGAGAUGAACCACCUCGGCAUGCGGCCCGCGCCAGCUUCAUGGACCCUCGUCGUCGCCAAGCACCUCAAGUCGCGCGCGCCGCGCACGCUCGUCAUGGACGGCUCGUUCGCCCGCAACGACGACCCGGAGCGGUGCUACCCGAAGGAGGUCCUCGACAGCCCCGACGUCGACAUCAUCAGCUACCACUAUUACGGCGACGGCGACGCUCGCCGCGUCAAGAAGGACUGCGAGGUCGCUCGUAGGCACAACAAGGUGUUCGUCGCCGGCGAGUUUGGCUUCUUCAGCAAGCCGAGCACGUACGAGUCGUUCAUGAAGGACCUCGACUCGGCAGGCGGAGCUGGGUCGCUCGUCUGGUCCUUGCGCCCUCACUCGGCUCGCGGCGGCCACAAGACGCACGGCGAGGGCGACGGCAUCUGGUCCUACCACAUCCCGGGCUGGAAGGACCCGGCCCACCGCGAGUUUGACGCCCGCGAGGCGUCCAUCGUCUCCUCGAUCCGCGCCGCCUCGUUCAAGAUCAACGGCCUGCGCGCUCCCUCGCAGUACCCUGUCCCGCCCGCCCCGAGCCGCCCGUGGCUCGUCCAGACCCGCAACGGCGCCGCGCCGGCGGUCGCGUUCCAGGGCGCGGCGUGGGCGCACAGGUACGUCGUCGUCGUGCGCGGGCCCGGCGGCGAGCACGAGAAGGAGGCGAGGGACCACACGAAGGAGGGCGAGUUUGCGGUCGAGCUCGCGAGGGAGGUGCAUGCGGCGGGAGGAGGGCAGGGCGUGCAGGUGUCGGUGCGCGGCGUGAGCGUCGACGGCGUGCAGGGAGCCGAGUCGGAGGCGCUCUCGCUCUGAGUUUGUAGACGGCUCGAGACGUGCAUAGACAGACACUUUCGCUCUCUC